UAUCUGUGAACGCUGCUGUUCGUUUGGAAAUAAAUGUGCUUCUCAUUAAAAACCCCUCAUUUCCUCCCCAGUUUAGGCUUCAACAUGAAAUUGUCUGUCCACUGGAGCUGGUUUGCUGUUGUUUCCUGUCUCCUCUGCAUGGGAUGUGGGGUUUGGUGUGAUUGCUCAGAGGAGGGCAUGCAGAUGGAAGGAGGUAACUACACACUGACCAAGCAGCUGAGUUGGGGCAGCCUGUUGAUCUACCACUGCUCUGAGGGCUAUUAUCCAUAUCCUGCCCUCAGCCGUGUGUGCCAGCUUGACGGCACCUGGAAACCAAAAGCCAGAUCCAGAUUUUUUUCUCAGAGAUGCAGGAUUAUUGAAUGUCCAGACCCCAACGUGCUGGAGAAUGGGAAUGUCACCCCUCCCCAGGAGAGGUACUUUGUGUAUAAUGAAACCAAAUAUGAUUGCUACUCUGGAUACACAAUGCGAGGCUCGAGCAGGCGUGUUUGCUUACCAAACGGGAAAUGGAGUGGCUCCACUCCCAUCUGUAGCCGUGACUCGGGAGAUAACUGUGCUGAUCCCGGAAUUCCAGCUGGAGCCUCAAGAGCAGGAAACAUGUUAGGAAUUGAUGACACAGUGAAAUACACCUGCAAUGGCAAACUGUUUCUGGUCGGGUCGAAAGAAAGAGUGUGUCAGGAGAACGGCCAGUGGACGGGCAAAGAGCCAGCAUGUUACUACAAACACACCUAUGACACCCCUCUGGAGGUUUCAGAAGCAUUUGGCAGUGCGAUCGAACAAAGCCUUGCCACUUUAGAGCCCCUUGAUGACACACAGGAGGGGAAGAAAAUCAGGAUUUCAAAAAAUGGGACUCUUAAUAUCUAUAUUGCUGUGGAUAUUUCUGAGAGCAUCGAGGAGAAGCAGUUCACUGGUGCAAAGGAUGCUGUCACCAAACUUAUUACAAAGAUUUCAUCCUUUAGUGUGACUCCAAAUUAUGAAGUCCUCUUUUUCUCCGCUGACAUACACGAAGUUGUCGACAUACUUGAGUUCUUGGACGGCAGAAUAGCGCAGGCCGACGGCGUCAAGAAAGCGCUGGAAAAGUUUAAAGUGGGCAACAGAAACACUGCUGGAACAGAUCUGAAUCGCGUCUUCCUCACCUUUCUGGAGAGAAUGGCUAUCAUAAAGGCACGAGUGACAGAGGAGGGGUUUAAGGAACAUCGUCAUGUCCUCAUUGUUUUUACUGAUGGUGCUUAUAACAUGGGCGGCUCCCCUGCUCCCACUGUGGAAAGAAUAAAGAACAUGGUUUACAUGAACCACACCAGUGAACAAGAAACUCAGUCAAGAGAGGAAUUCCUUGACAUUUACAUUUUUGCCAUUGGAGCGGAUAUCUUAGAUGACGACCUGCAGCCGCUCACAACAGGCACCGGUGGCCAGCAUUACUUCAGAAUGAAGGACAUUACGAAUUUGCAGGAGACCUUUGAUGAAAUAAUUGAUGAAAGCGACGUUCAGGGCCUAUGCGGUCUUCACAGGGAUUAUGACACAGCAUUUACCAAAGAAAGCAAGAGGAAAAUGUAUCCAUGGUGGGCGUACAUCGUGGUCCAGAAUCAAGGAACAAGGAAGUGCCUCGGCUCUCUGGUGACCUCCAAGUUUAUUCUGACCGCUGCUCACUGCUUCACGUUUGGCGAUUUACCAGAGCAUGUGACAGUUGAGAUUGAUGAUGGAAACGGCAAGGUAAAACGAGUAAAAACCUUCAUAUUACACCCAAAUUACAAUAUUAAAGCUAAGGAGAAGGAAGGCGUGCAGGAGUUCUAUGACUACGAUAUCGCUCUCAUCCAACUGGAGGAAGAUGUUCGUAUCUCUUCUGCCGUCAGACGUAUUUGCAUUCCUGGCACCCAGGAGACCAGUGACGCUCUGCAAAUGGUCGGUGAAUCUACCCUCAAACAACAAGAGCAGCUUCUGUUGAAAAAUCACCUGGAAAAACUCAGUUUCCUGACAAAGUCGAGAAACUCGCUCGAUGAAAAAGAUGUCCAUGCUAAACUUGGCGAUAAUAGGAACGAAUGUAUCAGACAUGCACUAGCUGCAAAAGGCAUAACCACGGAUAAUCCAAAGGUUGCAGUGACUGAAAACUUCCUGUGCACGGGUGGUCGGAAUCCUUAUAGAGAUCACAUAGCAUGCUCAGGCGACUCUGGAGGAGCUGUGUUCAAGAACUACGAGCAUCGUACAAUACAGGUUGGCGUGGUGAGCUGGGGAACCAAGAAUCUUUGCUCAACGGGAGGUCUCGUAGAGUCAGACGACACCUCCAGAGAUUUCCACAUUAAUCUUUUCAGAGUCGUCCCUUUUCUCAAAUCUGUCCUGGCAAAUGACACACAGGACGAUUAUGCACCAAUUGUGUUUUUGAAGGAUUAAAUUCAUUUAUAUGCUGCAGUUUGGUUCGUUAUUUCAUUUAUAUGAUUUAUUUUUUCAAAAACAUUGGUUAAUGUUAUUUUGCUAGAUGAUCGGCGAUGACUGAAUUCAUCCAACAUUCAAUCAGUAUUUCCUGAGUGUUGGUUCAGAAUAGAAAGAUGCAAAAUUAUAAAAUGUUUGUAUCAAAUACAUGCAUGCAAAUAGCUAUCAGUUAUGUUUUUCAGAACUGUAUCCUGUCUGCACAUUCAUUUAUUCACCAUUUUCAGUGGCCAACCAGUUUGUAAACAACUCAAUAAAUCAGUAUUAACCUGGG